AGUUUCCUGAUUCUGUCCAAGGAUGGCGCAAAAAGUGGCUCUACAUCCACGAAGAAAGCGCCAAUUCUGUGGAGCACAACAUAGUUCCUUUCGACGGAAGUGCCAGGAUUCAGCGUCGCCGUUCCUGGGAUGCCGAAGCUUCUGAAGAAGAGAAAAAAGCGACAGAGGCGCUCAUGGCUCGUAUCCGCCAUCUUCAAAACACUCGAGGCAAAGAGCUAUCUGGUGUUCAAAUUACUGCCUACUUCCUUAGGAUUAGAGUGCAGCCUCUUCAGGCUCGCAAAAAUCCCCUUUGGACGUAUUCUGGUGAAAAUGACGCCAACAGAAUCUCCAGUGAUCUUUCUGUAAAGGACUUGGAAAAAUUGGUUCGAAGAAUUUCUCGAUUAGGCAAGAAGGAUCCUAUUCCCUCCUCCUGUCGAGUGGAACCAUACAGUGCUUCCAAUCCUCUUCCCGAGAAUCAUCCUACUAUGGCUUCCCUUCCUCCUCUUCCUGAGGAUGGAGAGGUCGAAGAAAGAGCCGUUGUCGAUGAUGUCAACCAGGAGACCCCCUCUUUUGUGAAUGAACCCGCAGAUUCUCGAAAAUCUGCGGGAUCUACUGAGAAGGAUGCUGCCUCUGAAGAUACAACAUCAGCACAAUCUCCUCCUCCUGCUGUUUCUCCGAAGAGCAAAAGGAAAAGGAGCAAUGCCGAAGAUUCCGGGACCUCGAAACCCGAAGAAACUGCUCCUGCACCUCGAAAAGCAGCUUAUGAUCCAUACAUCGAGAGUAUCAUCAGCUCUGAUGAUGAAGAAACACCAACUUUAGAUGUGGCUGCUCGAACGAGCACGUCACAUACUUUAGUUAUUUCAGAAAAACCAGUUGAAGGGGAGGAAUCGUCGCCUCCUCAACAAAAUGUUGAUACAUCUACUCCUUCGAGCCCCCGUGCCCCUUCACCAAAAAGGGCACGGGUUGAAAAGAUUGUUGAUCCUGCCCCUCAGUUGGGCAGUUCGUCGCCCCCGCUCCUAGAUGAUCCUAUGAUCAAGGAUCUUCUCCGCAUCGGUUCCCAAUUUAUUGGGUACCGUGAAUAUGCUAAUAGAGCCGAAGGUAACGACUUUCAUACUUGUCGUUUUUCCUUAAUUUGUCACUCCUGUUACUUGCCGCGAUUUUUUGAUCUUUCUUCUCUCUUUUUUCCAUAUCUCGACAGAGAAACUUGCAGAGGCUAACG